GUUGAUGCGUGGGAUUUUCAAACUAGCAGUGUACACAAAUGAAGGUCGAACUCGCGAUAACUUCAUCUGAAACAUGACGUUUUCUUGGGAAUUAGACAACGUGGAUGCCUUACAAUGUGUUGUAAAACGAGAUCUGAAAUGUUCAGGUAUCAGAAUUUCUAAGAAGAAGGAUCUACACAAAAAUCAUCAAGCACAAGAUGUUAAUACAUCUAGCCUGUUUGGCAGAGCGUUACAUUCCUGUCAGCUUGUACAAGAUGAGGAAUCUCGAUGCCAUAUCCCAAGAUUUUUAUUGGAGUGCACAAAGUUUCUUGAUGAUCAUCUGGAUAUGGAGGGCAUAUUUCGCAUCUCUGGUUCCAAAUCUAGACAGAGAGAUCUACAGAAAAACCUAGAAAAUGGAUCUUGUAUUCCUAAUGAUGCUAAUCCAGCUGAUGUUUGCAGUCUCUUCAAAUACUUCUUCCACAACCUCCCCGAGCCACUUAUAUCAUCUAAACUCCAGAGUGCCUUCUACAAGUGCUCACUGAUUGAAGACAUUGCAGAGCAGCGAUGGGUCCUCCUCAACAUCUGCCAUCUCUUGCCAUCACUCAAUGUUCAGACCCUGCGCUUCACUGCAUUCUUCCUGCACCGUGUUGCUUCCAAGUCAGAGAAAAACCGCAUGGAUGUAACCAACCUUGCCAAGGUGUUCACACCCAGCUUAUUUGGGUCAUUUACAGCUCUUGAUAAGAAGAACCCAGAGAAAAUGAUUGGAUUACAGACAAGUAUGGUUAGUUUAAUGAUUGAGAAUGCUAGGCUGAUUGGUGAGGUGCCUGACUGGAUGAUGGAGAAGAUCACAGGACAUAACCAAUCCAGAGAGAAUCUGGAUCGUCUUACAUCAGAAGAUGAGCUUGAAAAGAGUGAUGAUAAUCUAGAAGAGAGUGGGAGAUUGUCCAGACGACGCAGAAAGAGUGGACCAUCAUUCCAAGUACUUGUGAGUGGUCUUGGACACAGUUUAGGUAUUCUGAAAACAGCAUCAUCAACAGAGAACAUCUUAUCAACAGAUACACAUGCAACGGAGUCUCCAAAGAUAAUGAAGCGAAAAGCCAGUGAGGACCUGGGAAGUGCAUUUACUUCUACUAAAAGGAAGGCUUUGUUGCACAAGAUGACAACUGAUCCUCAGUUUAGCAAACCUGGUUUACAUCUUCAUAGGACUCAUCAAGGAACACCAAAUCAACCAGCUCUUGGUGAAAGGGAUGCUGUGACAGCAGAUGGUGAGACACUGUUCAGGUAUGAUACACCAUCCAUUGUGUAUGCUGAUGACUCGUUUGCAGGACACACCCCUGGCAGGCUGGCUGGGAGUGAGUUCACCCAUAAAGGACAUGACAGGUGUCAAGGGACACCCAAGAGCAAACUCAAGAGGUUCAAGGAACUUAGUGCAAGAAAACUAAAAAGGAGAUCAUUGUUAAUGAAUCUUGAUGGAGAACCAUUCUCGACGAAAUCUCCAAGACCAAGCAAGACACAAGGAAACAAGAGGAAGGAAAGUAAAGAUGUAGGAUGGAGACUUGCAAAUGCUUCACCACCAGAGGGAGGCCUAGAUACCUUGAAACUCUUUGAUCAUCCCGUCCGACCAAGUCCCAACUUUGAUGCUCCCGGAAGACCUCGCAGACAUAACAAAACUCCCAGUUCCCCUGCCAGACUCUUGACUGGAGGUUCUCCUGUCCUUCGCCCAUUUGCAAGGCUCCACACAUCAGAUAGCGAGAGUGAUGUGUGGGAUACCAUGAAGCCUACAAAAUUCUCAGCUGGGGAUUCCCCAAAGGUGGUAAUUGUAGAUACCCAAGAAAGGGAAAUUGCAUCGCCUAAGGUUGUAGUGGUAGAUACAAAUAUGAUAAGUGAAUCAAACAUCACUAAGGAGUAUGUAAAGAAACAGCAAGAGCAUGCUUCUCAGCUGAUUGGUAGUAAGUUAGGGCAAGAGAGGACAAGCCCCUCCAUCUAUAUUCCUGAUAGCACCAGACAGAAGAUCAAAGCAGCUCAGAUGGAAUAUGCAGCAAAAAGCUCAAUGGAAGAUGAACAUUUCCAAGAAAUUGCAGACCAAAAAAUUUCACCUGAAGAUGAAGUCCAUGAUAAGGACAUGACACAUUCUACAAGCCAGAGGAGUUUAUCAAGUGUGCUAUCUGAAAUCAAUGUGUGUAGCCAUGAAUCAGAGGUUGGUCAGUUCACAUCAGAACCCAAUGAGAAACAACCUGCUACUACUUACAUGGAAACAGCCAUCUGUUCUCCCUGUGUUUGUGAAUGCAAUGAUGGUGCUAUGAUGGCCGUUGAAGAUUUACCAAAAGACCAUACUGAUAGUGCAUCUCCAGUUGAAACAGGAAACCCACUAGAUACAACGGAUCACAAGAACAGCCCCAUAAAAGAAACACAUUUUGAUGAUGUCCCAAUGGCACAUCCGGUUCAUCAAGACACGAAGGAUAAACGGACCGUAAAGGUAUCCUUGAUCGUUGAAGGGCACUCGAUUGUUAUGCAUAGACCAGAUGCUGGCAAGACUACCAUGUCUAAAUCUGAAUCGAUUGAUAGUGGAAAGGGUUGUUCAAUAGAAGAUCUCUAUGGAGCUACCACAGAAGAAAAAUCUGAAAUGCAGCCACUUAAGGUUCCAAAGAAGCAAGACAGCCUUGAUGCUGGUUUAGAUGAAGGAAAUGAGGAGGAAGAAAUGCACAAAGAACUAGACCUCAAGCAAAGUAAAGACAUUCAAAUACCAAGCAAAGAAAUACAAGAUCAUACUGACAUGGCUCAUCAACAGGCAAAUAUGAAUAGAGGUGUUGUAGAGAAUAUUGAAGUAAAAAGAAGUGAAGAAAACCUAAAAACUUGCAAUGGUAAUGAAAAUGUAAAUGAUAUGGGGAAGGUUAUGAGCUUUGGAGAAGGCGAAGUCAGCAAAGAUGACACAUUUAAGGUGCCACUAAGCGUCAAUAAUACAAGUGAUAGUGACCUGCAGAACUUGAUAAAUGCUGCCCUCAAGUCAGACAUGAAGAAAUCUUUUGGGAGUCAAUCAACAACCCUGCCUGUUCAUUAUGGUAAAAAAAGGAGAAAGAACUCGAGCAUUGUCAAAGCUAAUAUUCAACUCUUUAACUCAUUUUCUACAAGUAAUAGUGACAUUUCUGUUUGCACCAAAGGUAGUAUGAGGAAGAAAAGUGCACACAAUCAGAAGGAAACCACAUCAGUCUCCAAACCCCUGACACCAUUGACCAAAUCAACCAGUAUGGACAGUGGUAUAUCUGAAUUUCAAACUUCCAGGCAUCCAAUGUCAACAAGAAGCAGAGACCUGAAUGAAUCAUUCUUGACAGCCGUUGAGACAAAAGCAUCCUUGAAGAAAAUCAGUUCAUCUAUGGAGAAUAUCUCAACCCCCAAAGAAGAAUAUUCUGCUUCAAUUUCCACUGAAAGCCGCCCUAUUCAGAGUUCUCAAUCCAUGCUUGACAUCAGUACUCCAACCUCUGUCAACAGACCUCCUGUAAUACCCAUAAGGAAUGUCAGAUCUCUGCAGAAUGUUUCCACACCCAACAACAAAGAGAAUCUUUCUACUCCAGCAUCCAUUAGAAGACGACGUCCUGUAUCUCAACGUCAGAAAAUGGCUUUCCAGGAGAGUGAUUCUUUUGCUAAACUCAAAAAAGAGAAGGCUUUCGAGGUGGAGGAAGAAGCAUCCAGUCUGCCUCUGGUUAAGCCGCUCAGAGAUAACAACUCACCACAGCUGCACAGGACCAGGAAACCAGCUCCAUUAGACCCAAGACUAGCAACCCCUCUGACACCGGUUCAUCUUGCACAGCAUGUGAGAUUGCGUACUCCAAGCAGCAGUAGAAGACCAGUCAACAUCAAACACAGAUCACCUGUCAAACCAGUCAAGAGACUUGUUAAAUCUCCUUCCCCAGCAAGAUCCAAGGGCAGGCUAACACCAGAGAGGGAUAACAGGACCCCAAAGAGAUAUCCUAGAUCUCCAAGGAAUCCUUUAGAGACUGCAUCACCCAGUGUCAGGAGGCAGAGAAGUGCCGUACCUGUGCAUGUCCAAGAUGAAUGGGAACUCUAGUAUAAUCAGUGGUAACUGAACGUAUUUGCAUGAUCAUAUGUCCUGUUUUUUUUAAUGUAAAUCACUGUUUUUCCAUGCUUCCUUCUUUCAUGAAUACUUAUACUAACAGAAUUAUUUUCGUUCCAGAAAUUGAAUGUGUUUGGGGCUGAGGCUCAUCUUAACCUAUAACAUAUCUAAUUUCUCAAUAUUUGAAAAUGUCAUAUGGUACCAUUAUCUUGAUUGAAAGGACCUGUAUGCUAGCCAUUAAUGUAGAGUAUAGAAUCAAACUAAGGUUUGAUAAUUACUAAAUACAGCCACGGUGAUUGAAUAACUACUCGACACAUUGAUAGAUUAACAGUACUAAUUUGUGACCUAAAUUGUACUUCGCUUAAUGAUGAAUUUAAUUUCCAUUCUGAUAUCACUUCUUCAUAAAUACAGAUGUAUUUUGACACAUGGUGUACAUAUUUUUAUUUUAAAAUAUAAUGACAAUCAUAUUGUAUCACUUUCAGUUUUGAGCGUCCAUUGUUUCGCUAAAUGUACUUUGCAGUGUUUGUGGGGUGUCUUGGGUUUUGUGAUCGUUGAUGGAAUUAAUUGUGUAAAAGAUCAUACAUGUAAGUUCAAAUUGCACUGUGUAGAUGCUACGUUGAAAGAAUCUCUUGCUCACUGUUUUAUGAAGAUUGUGCAGUUUUGAGCCUCAGCCAUGUGUCAUGCUACACUCACUGUACAUGUGCUUUGGAGUAUUUAUGGGGGUGCAGUAUGUUUAUGAUGGUUGAUGGAAUUAACUGUAUAUAAAAGUCAGUUCAUAUUGCGCUUUAUUGAUAUUAUGGAAAUGUAUGUUAGGUUAAAGAAAAUCCAAUCUUGUUCAUCUUUAUGUAGAUAGUGCAAAUACUGUUUGACAGAUGGAAUAUAAAUUUGAUGCAAUUUCUAUGUGCCUCUUGAACCACAAUGUGAAUGCUAUUCACUAGACUCUAGUUUAUGUAUGCUUGGAAAAUGCCUUUCAAACUGACCUUUGAAAUUUUUCUUAUAGCUCCAAUGAUUUUCAUUUUCAUAUAUCUUAUAUUCAAUGUAUGCCAAUUUCAGUAGUACUCUUGGCAUCAGAAAUCAGCUGUGAAUUUUCAUUGAAACAUUCAGUGUUGAAGGAGAUUAUUAAUUUCUUAUAAUCAUAAGAUAAAAGUGUGGCUAGUUUUUCUGUUGAGGAAAUGUAUUUCCUCUGGCAUUUAGUAGAUAUUAAGUUAUUGUCUAUGGUUAAUGAUGAUUGCAAAGUAUUCUUGAUAAGUUUGAAUUACUUGUAUUUAGCUUUUCAUGAUUGUUUGAUUGGACUAGUUCCUUAUCUAAGGAAAUAGAAUAUAGAUUGUGUAAAACUUUUCCCGUCUUAUUCAAUCUUCAAGAAAGUACAGUUUAAUUAUAUAUAUGGCUUACAGUACCUGUACUUUAUAUGCUGUGCUUUUGGAGUAUUGUUACUAUUUUAAAUAAGUACACUAGUCCCUAGUAAUAUUUUGAUAAUUGCUUUUGAAUUAUGAUGCUUAAAUUCAGAGAUAAAUAUGUGUACAUGCAAGACUUAUUUUCAUAAAAGAUAUAGUUUUAUUUGAUUUGAUGAAACUUCUCUAUUUUCAAGACACAUGCUAUCAUGCCUAUCAAGAAGCAAGUGUAAAUAACAUGAUGUAGGUACAAUGCAAUAAUGAAUAUGUAUACAAAAGAAAAUGAUAAGGCAUGAUAAACCUAGGUUCACUUAUAUGUAUAACAUCAGAAAUCUACUUGUCUUCUUAGAUUUUUUUUUUUUGGGGGGGGGCUUUGAUGCACUUUAAAUAGAAAGCCUUAGUAUAAAUAAUGCACAUUUGGUAUGGUUCAGUCAACAUGCUUUAUUAAAUCAUUUCUGUGAUUAAUCUCCCUAGGGAAACACCAACAUCUGUAUUUUCCUCGUAUAAUGCAAAGUAACAAUGUAUGUACAGUUUCUUAUGGGUAAAGCUAUUAUAUUUUGGAUUUAUGAUGUUAUGAAUCUAUGAAGUUUGCCAUCUUUGGAAUAUGGUUUUCAGAUUGACAACAGCAAGGAAUGGGAAUGUGUUGAAUUAAUAUAUCAAGAUAAUUUAUGAUUGGCUUAAAUGCUGGAUAAAAACUGUUGAAAUACAACAUUAAAUUUUUGUAUAAAUAAAUGCAUUAUUUUGUGGUGAGAGAAUCAUGUGCCAUCUGCUGUCAUGUUAUUUUAGUUUUUGAAAUACACGAUGCAAUUUCAGGGUUGAAUUCUUACACACUGGAAGCUCAGUGAUUCAUCUCUUCAGUCAUAUUACAAUAAAUCAUACCAGUGAGGACAUUAGUAUAGACUGCCAACACAAGGGUGUUUUAGACUGUUCCGAUUUUACAGAGUGAGGAUGAGUGUACUGUCAUAAUGCCCCACAAAAGGAUGUGUAUUUAUUUUAGAAAGUAAUAAUCUACAUCCCUAUCAUUUGGUUAAGAAAAAUCAUCUCAAAACCAAGACUGGUCAUAUCACUUCAAUUUAUAUGAGGACCAUUCAUACAUGAUAUAGUAUUAUGAUUAGUAAUGGAUUUGAUAAUCAAAAUUGCAUGUUUGGCAAAAUAUAAACCUGGUCAUGGGAACAUCCUUAAUCAUUUGAUUAGGACUCACCUUAUCAUUCUUCAUAACCAAUACAUGUAUUCAUAUUUUGUUGCUGUGAAUGUCAAGAUUGGACAAUGUAAAAGGAUGUUAAAUGAA